AGUGGAUUGCAUUACUACACCAUGUCUGCAAUGAGCAUGAUUGGAUAGGUGGAUCUUGUGACCAUGAAGAUGGUGAACACGACACAAGCUUGCCAUGGUUUGAUAACAGAGAUGCAGACUUUAUUGAACUUCAAAAAGUCAUUUUAAAUCCUGACCUGCUUGCAAGCUUCAAGUACUACACACAAUUCCGGCAUACAGGCUCCAUAGAAUGUGCAAACAGUCUGAGCUUAGUAUAUACUCCAAAAAGAAUGCCAUUCAGUUACAGAGCAUUCAAGGCAAGAAAGCAAUUGACAGCUAUAGAUUGGAACUUUCACAUUAAUCUCCCACAAGCUAAGAACAAGAGUACUGGAGAUGUGAUGGUCACACGGAAAUACAACCCUAGAACAAGAAAAUGGGAUGUAAAGGUUGUGAAAGUGGAAAAGGGCUAUGACUACAUCCCAUUACUAAUUGCAAAGGUUUUCAGAAGCAGAGAAGAUGAUAAUGACAGUGUCACACGAAGUGUGCCUCUGAAUGAAAGUGACCCUGGCCUUAUUGCCCAAACAAUUGCACACAUAGUUCCACCUCCCACAAAAGAAAUUCCUAAAAGAAGUAGAUUUGAACAGAAGAAAUAAGUAUCAUUAACUGUUGCUAUAA